AUGGUGAGGAAUAGAUUGACUGUUUUGUAUGAUUCAGUUGGGGAGUUGAAUGAAAAUGUGGAUCAAAACAGUACACAUCUGCUGUUGAAAGGCUCAGAGAAGGGAGUCACAGUACAAGAGAGAUGGAUUAUCCCUAGAACAGGAGGCCAUGACGAUCAGAGUUCUUCAAGAAUAACAUGGAGAGGUAACAAUCCACUCUCUGAUUGCUCCCAGAGUGUCAUUGAGCCUAUUCUAAAUCACGGUCUCAAUGUAUAUAAUGAUGUUGAUGCUAGUGCUAAGGGAAUAUUUGUCAAGACUCCAGUAUACAAGGUUUUGCAUUUGGAUAAAAUGGAAUCACAAAUAACAGAUUAUCUGCCUUCAGAUGUAGAUUUAACUUUCAUGGAAUGGAAAUGGGAAAGCUGUACUUAUGACAUAAAAACCACAAAUGAUACCAUCGAAAUUGUGGAAUAUUCUAAACUCUAUGAAAAUAAAACUUUAGCUAUUACGAAGAAUGACUUGUAUGAUAAAAUGGAAGCUGGUAUCUUCUAUAUAGACUCCGUAGAUGAAGAAGAUAUCAACUUAUCUGGGCUAAGGUGUCUAUGGAAAGAUGAUGCUGACAACGAGCUAGACAAAUGCAUCAAAACUACACUGUUUUAUAAACCUGCCUACUUUCAUGACAUUCAUUUAGAAGGGAAAGUAAAUGUUACCCUAGAAGUCCCAACUGGUCUACAUCCAAAGGUCCUGAUUGAUUUGACGGAACUGUCCUCGGCUGAAAAUUGUGAAUAUUUCAUGUUUUCCCAGCUUCCAACUCAACUAUUCGUAGAUAUGUUUCAAUCUGAUCCAGUACUACUGUUCGGUGAAACUGGCUUAGAAUUACCAGAUUAUAAAGUUAAAGACAGUACAUGGGGUUCAGAAGUACUUUUCAACUUAGUACCUGGCGAAACGAAUGAAAUCACCUUGCAUUCAAGGUAUCUCCAACCUUCUGAGAAUACGUCUUACGGAAUAAUCCCAUUAUCUCUGCGCAUAUUUAAAGGCUGUGACACAGACUCAGAAGACGUUAUGGAGAACCCAUUUUACACAAAAAAUUUUGGUCUAGAGUCAUAUUUCACCUCUAACACUGUUUUACACACACUUAGCGAAGAGAAUCUAGUCGUUCCAAUACCAAAGGCGACUAUGGAAAAUUACAAUAAGAUUCAAUACACUACCGCGAUAUGUCUUUUACUUUCGCUAUUGUAUCUGUCCUUCAAAUUAUUUUUGAAAACGACAAAACAUACAUGA